CGCGUGCAGAAAACAAUAAAACCUUGAGGCUUCACACAGCACGCUAAGACAAUUAACGAUUCAUUUCCAUAUAGCAGCGCGUGCAUGUUGGCUGUUUUUUUUCUUUUUGUUGGAAGGGGAGCAAAUUAAAAACCAAAAUACUACAGAUUUAUACACAGAUGAAUUAUUGGGACAGCGGAUGGGCAUGCACGGGAUUUAAAUUAGUCUUCUUCUACGUUAGUCCAAGACUCUUCCCCUUUCAAGGAUGGGCGUUUGUGGACUGCUCUGGAGUCGGCGUCACGUGUCCCGGUUUCUCCUUGCGCAUUGGUCCAAGGCACGUGUCUGGGAGGACUGUGGGAAAACGUCACUCGGGGGGCUCGUAUUGAAAAUAAGAACAAAACUCCAGAGUGAGAGUAUUAGAGCAGCAGUUUAGAAGCCUCUUUAUUUACCCUUAGUUUAGUUUAGGUGUCCCUGAAAACGGAUAACUCCGAAAUUGGACCGUGCGUAAAUGGCAAACGUUAUCUAGCUCGAUACAACCCGGUUUUGAGGGGGAUACAUGUGCAAAAGUAUGUUUUUCUCACAGGACGCUGGUGCAAAGCUUUGCAUGCUAUUCAAGGCACUCAGUAGAAUUUGAGUUUCUUUAAAAAAAAAAAAAAACUUUACGCGUGCAUAACCGUUCUUUCCCCACAGAAGUUCUCGGUGAAUUAUUGCAGCGGAGAGAGCGAUAAAGGGGUUAAAGAGAGCAAAUCAGUAUGGAAGAAAAUGAUCGCGGCCACAGAGACGCGGUGGAGCGGCAGGAGCCGGCGGACGAAUCCAACAGAGCCAUCCUUCCUCUCUUACAAGCGCCCGGAAACUUACAGAUCCCUCAUCGGGUCACCAAUUUCUUCAUCGAUAACAUCCUGCGGCCGGAUUUCGGACGGAAAAAGGACGCGAGCGCAAAUCGCGAAGAGAACACUUUGGCGUCGCGGGAGAGCCGCAGCAGCCCCGCGGCCCCUCAGACGGAGCCGGUGGGGAGCACAGUGCCAGCGGAGGGGACGUCCACUCCCCACACGGACACCGGGGUCAAGAAGCCCCCUAUCGCCGGCGACGAGCCGCUGAAAACCCGCGGGGAGAGCGGAGACCAGUGCCUAAGCUCAGACUCGGACAGUUCCCAAGUCAGUUCGAACCCGGGCCUGUCUCAGCCCAUGCUGUGGCCAGCCUGGGUCUACUGCACCAGAUAUUCGGACAGGCCUUCGUCAGGGCCAAGAUCACGCAAACCAAAGAAGAAAUCGACCAGCAAAGAGGACAAGCGACCACGGACGGCCUUCACAGUGGAGCAGCUGCAAAGACUCAAAUCGGAGUUUCAGACAAAUCGCUAUCUGACCGAGCAGAGGCGACAGAACCUGGCGCAAGAACUGGGCCUGAACGAGUCCCAGAUAAAGAUCUGGUUUCAAAACAAGAGGGCCAAAAUAAAGAAGGCCAGCGGCACCAAGAACACGCUGGCCUUGCACCUGAUGGCACAGGGACUGUACAAUCACGCCACCGUCACUUCGAAGGACGAAAAAUCAGACAGCGACUGAUUUUCACAAAAAGUAACAGCAGCCUCCCGACGAAGAAUCUAUAAUAAUCCUAUUUUUAAACUAUAUCACGCUCAUAUGUAAUAAAAUAAAAUAUCACAGGAGAAAAUAUAUCAACGACGACCUACUACACACCAUAAAAUAAAUAAUAAUAAUAAUAAUAAAAAAUACUAUAAAGCAACUUUCAGGAUUUGAGGACACUAGGCAUCAGCCCACACAGGAAUGUUUGUUUAUAUGAGUAUUAUAAUGUUUUCGUUUUGAGGAGGUUUUAAUCAAGCCUACAAUGCAAUAACUUCAUUGAAUAAAAGGGCCAGUGUAUAGAGUAUACCAGCAUAAGUUGUCUA